AUGGCCGCUGGAGUCUGCAUCGGACAAAUUAGCGUUUGCCGAGGAAGCCCAUACAACCAGCAGUUGGGAAACAGAACGAACACGCAGUCGCACAACCUGGGGCGUUUCCUUCGCCAGACGCCGCCAGCAUCGACACCAGCCGAAUUAUUAGGGCCGACUAUGCUGAUCCAGCGUACACGGCGUUGGGUGACGAGGCCCAGGCGCAAUGGCGCAAACAAGACACACCCGCCGACUUGGGAGCCCAAGGGCGCUACCAUGAGGCUGGGCUGCUCCUGGGUUGGCGACGCUUCGCCGCCUGCGCCUGGAGCCGCCCCGUCGAGCGGGGGCCUGAAACCCAAGCUUACGGGCAUGGACUAUGCUCGUAAGAGCUGGGCCAACGUCCUGUCUCUAGCGUCUAAAAACCCAGCUCUUGCCGCCCGAGUUCGGGAGCUCCCCAACCCCGACGCCAUCCGCGAGGCGCUGGGAACGGGUGGCAGCUCCGGGUCAUGGGGUUACAUCAACAACAACAGCGGCUGGGCGAACGCGACAGCCUCCAUGGCGUGGUUAUUUGACCAGGUUCAAAAGACCGGUCGUGUGAACUUUGUUGCUGGGACCGUUAUUUCCCUGGAAAGGGCUGAAGACACGGUCACCGGCGCCAAGCUCUCCGACGGCCGCGUUUUGUCCGCCGAUCUUGUUGUCGUGGCCGCGGGCGCAUGGACCGGCAGCCUAGUUGACUUGGCCGGGCAGACAGUCGCCACCGGCCAGGUACUCGGCUACAUGGACAUCACCGAAGCCGAACAAGAGAAACUAGCCAACAUGCCCGUCAUCCUCAACAUCUCCACCGGCCUCUUCAUCAUCCCACCCACCGACCGCGUCCUCAAGAUUGCCCAGCACGCCUACGGCUAUCUCAACCCAGUCACACCCGCCAACCCACCCCUCCCGUUCUCCCCGUCUCUCACCACCCAAACACCAACCCCGAUCUUCCUCCCCCGAACAGGCCUCACCGACCCAGACCUCACCAUCCCCGCCGCCGCAGCAGCCGAUCUCCGUCGCGCCCUCCGCGAGAUGAUCCCCUGGCCGGCGCUGCACGACCGGCCGUUCACCAAGACGCGCCUGUGCUGGUACGCGGACACGGCCGACGCCGAUUUCCUCGUCGACUACCACCCACACUGGCACGGCCUGUUCGUGGCGACGGGCGACAGCGGGCACGCCUUCAAGUUCCUGCCCGUCAUCGGCGACAAGGUCGUCGACUGCAUCGUACGGGAACCCCCCUUGCAGUUUCGCGGGAAGUGGGAUUGGAAGGUCAUCGUGCCCAAGUCUGGGGCUGCGGUGGCUGCGUUUACGGAGGAUGGGACGAGGGGUGGUACGCCGGGGUUGGUUUUGGCGGAGGCAUUGGGGGAGGUGGAGAGAGUGGUGCCUUCGGUUUGA